GGCCUGGAAUACCACAAAGGGUCUGAUAAACAAAGGCUCUUUUCUCAAAAAAUAGGUUCAUUUGGAUACAAUCCCAGGACUCGUCUUUCCUCUUCAACUACCAUUCUCUUCUUCCUUUCCAAACCUUAGUCUAUCUCUAUAUCCUCCUCCAUAGCCAUAUCCACUCCAUUACACUGCCACCAUCAUCACACCGCCGCUAACAACCUAAGUUUGCCCCAGUUGCAGCGACCAACCACCGCCACCUCCGAUCUUGAUGUAGUGCUGCAUGGUCCCCACUUGACUUCGUCUUGGUUUUGGUUAAUUUUGGAGUUUGAUUUCAUUUUGUUCUUGCUGGUUCUAUGAUGGGUUAUUGUUGAUUUUAGCUUUGGGUUUUUGUAUUUGGGUGGUACCACCUUGUUCUGUGGUUGAGGCUGGGCAGGUGGUUUUGUGAUUUUGUUAUUGGAAGAAGAUAGAGAUCGGUGGUCGAGGCUAGGACAGGGGUGAUUUUGUGGUUUUGUUGUGAGUGUUUUUUUUACUGUAACAAUUUUGUAUAUUUACACAUUUUUACAUUGAUGUGAGUGUUUUUUUUGGGUUGAAAAGUGUAAAAUUGAACACUUUUUGUAUUUUACAAAUUUUUGCAACAACUGAUACGGUAGCUCUCAAACCCAAACAGAGAGACAUUUCACUGCACGGAACAUCUGUCCACUCCAUAAUAAACAGACCCAAUACUCCCUUACCUCCAUCUCAGUUGCCAUCAAAAUACCGAUAUGAAUUCCGCAAAAACGGAACUAUCAACCAUCUGCCACAUGGUAGCAAUGCCCUAUCCCGGUCGAGGCCACAUCAACGCUAUGAUGAACAGCUGCAAGCUACUGGCUUCAAAAAGCACCGAUAUUCUCAUCAGCUUCGUCAUCACCGAAGAGUGGCUCGGAUUCAUCGGCUCAGACCCAAAGCCAGCUAAUAUACGCUUCGCCACCGUACCCAACUGCAUACCUUCCGAGAAGGGUCGUGGGAAAGAUUUUGCUGGCUUCGUGAAAGCCGUCAAUACCAAGAUGGAAGCGCCAUUUGAGGAGCUCCUUGACCGGCUUGAGCCACCGGUGAAAGCCAUCGUGGCUGAUACUUAUGUAUACUGGCCUAUCGCCUUGGGGAACCGAAAGAAUAUUCCAGUGGCCUCACUUUUUCCGAUGCCGGCGAUGGUAUUCUCUGUGUUUUAUCAUUUUGAACUGAUCGUGCAGAACCGGCAUUUCCCUGUUGAUUUGUCAGAGCGGGAUAAUGAGCUUGUGGACUACAUCCCUGGAGUUUCUACUUUACGUAUUGCAGAUCUUCCCACCUUUACAUUUGGAGAUGGUCGACUAGUCUUGCCUGGAGUCCUGGAAGGUAUUUCAAGCGUGUCCAAGAAAGCACAGUAUCUUCUAUUCACUACCUUUCACGAACUUGAAGCUGAAGCCAUUGACGCUUUAAAAGCCAACUUUCCUAUCCCUGUCUACCCAAUUGGUCCUGCCAUACCUUACUUAGAACUUGAAGAAAAGAGUGCUUCUAUAACUAAUGCUAACAAUGGUGGCCACUAUCUCCGGUGGCUUGAUUCUCAACCUCCAUGUUCGGUGUUGUACAUCUCAAUGGGAAGUUUCCUUUCGGUUUCAAAUGCUCAAAUGGAUGAAAUUAUUGGUGGUAUAAGGGACAGUGGUGUUCGGUGCUUGUGGGUGUCACGUGGAGAAAUCGGUCAGUUCAAGGAUUGCAGUGGUGAUAUGAGCCUAGUGGUGCCUUGGUGUGACCAAUUGAAGGUGUUGUGCCACUCUUCAAUAGGAGGGUUUUGGACACAUUGUGGCUGGAAUUCCACUCUUGAGGCUAUUUUUGCUGGUGUACCAAUGCUUACUUUUCCUAUAUUUUGGGAUCAAGUCCCAAUCAGUAAACGCAUUGUGGAGGAUUGGAAGAUUGGAUGGAAGGUUAAGAAAGAUGUUGGAGUUGUGACAAGAGGUGAAAUCUCAGAGCUUGUGAAAAGGUUUAUGGAAAACAAAAGCGAUGAGAUGAAUGCGAUGAGGCAAAGAGCAAAAGAACUUCAGAAGUCAAGUCGACGAGCAAUUGCAAAAGGUGGGUCAUCUGAUGCAAAUCUUGAUGCUUUUAUUAAAAAUAUUUCAGAAGGCCACUGUCAUUAAGCAUAUUUGUAAUUUAUAGUAUUCAUUGGUCAAUUGAUAUGUAGAAUUUGAUUGUAAUUUCAUUACUAUCAGUGUGGUUUUAGACACUUUAUUCUACGACAAUUUCUUUAAAAAUAAAAUUGAAACUGUCACACAAGAUGCACCAGAUUAUUUGCA